CCACCAGGGGACUCUAGGGUAGCCCGCUGCACGCAGGUACUGCUGGAAAGCACCUUGCGCAAGGCCGAGGGAGGUGUGGACUCGCGGCUCCUCCCCCUUCCUCCUUCUUCCCGGAUCCCGGGUGAUCAGUCAAUGCCGGCCUGGCCUGUGGCGGGGAACGCGAGGACCCGAGUUCACCGCGUCUCCUUCGGGGGACGCUGCCUGGAAGGCUGUACUCUGGUUGCUGAGCCUGGACUUCCCAGCAGGCACCACAGUGAUGGAGUACAUGAGCACUGGAAGUGACGAGAAGGAAGAAAUUGAGUUAUUAAUCCAACAUUUGAACGUGUCGGAGGUCAUAGACAUAAUGGAAAACUUGUAUGCGAAUGAAGAUCCCUCAGCUUUCGAGCCCAAUAUGACCGUGUGUCCAGACAGCAAUCAAAACCAAGAUCGCUCAGAGUCACUGCUCCGGAGUGGCCAGGAGGUGCCCUGGCUGUCAUCUGUCAGAUACGGGACCGUGGAGGAUCUGCUUGCAUUUGCAAACCAUAUAUCUAAUACCGCAAAGCAUUUUUAUGGGCACCGACCACAGGAAUCUGGAAUUCUAUUAAAUAUGGUCAUCAGUCCGCAGAAUGGUCGCUACCAAAUCAACUCUGAUGUUCUUCUCGUCCCUUGGAAGCUGACCUACAGGAACAUUGGCUCUGACUUCGUUCCUCGGGGAGCCUUUGGAAAAGUGUACUUAGCGCAAGACAUGAAGACGAAGAAGAGGAUGGCAUGUAAACUGAUCCCUGUAGAUCAGUUUAAGCCAUCAGAUGUGGAAAUCCAGGCUUGCUUCCGGCAUGAAAACAUUGCUGAGUUAUAUGGCGCCAUCCUGUGGGGCGAUACUGUCCAUCUCUUCAUGGAAGCAGGCGAGGGGGGCUCUGUUCUGGAGAAGUUGGAGAGCUGUGGGCCCAUGAGAGAAUUUGAAAUUAUAUGGGUGACAAAGCACGUUCUCAAGGGACUUGAUUUUCUCCACUCCAAGAAAGUGAUCCACCAUGACAUUAAACCUAGCAAUAUUGUAUUCAUGUCUACAAAAGCUGUUUUGGUAGACUUUGGCCUGAGUGUUCAAAUGACUGAAGAUGUCUAUCUCCCCAAGGACCUCCGAGGAACAGAGAUAUACAUGAGCCCUGAGGUCAUCCUGUGCAGGGGACAUUCCACCAAAGCCGACAUCUACAGCCUUGGAGCCACGCUCAUCCACAUGCAGACAGGAACUCCCCCCUGGGUGAAGCGCUACCCUCGAUCGGCCUAUCCCUCCUACUUGUACAUAAUCCACAAGCAGGCACCUCCCCUGGAAGAUAUUGCUGGUGACUGCAGUCCAGGCAUGAGGGAGCUGAUAGAAGCCGCCCUGGAAAGGAACCCAAAUCACCGCCCGAGAGCUGCAGACCUACUGAAACACGAAGCCCUGAACCCCCCUAGAGAGGACCAGCCACGGUGUCAGAGUCUGGACUCUGCCCUCUUUGAGAGGAAGAGGCUGCUGAGCAGGAAGGAGCUAGAACUUCCUGAGAACAUUGCUGACUCGUCAUGCACGGGCAGCACUGAGGAGUCUGAAGUGCUCAGGAGACAGCGCUCCCUCUACAUAGACCUCGGAGCCCUGGCUGGCUACUUCAAUAUUGUUCGGGGGCCACCAACCCUGGAAUAUGGCUGAUGGGUGGCUUUGCUGGCCACAAACAGUGAUGGACGUUUCUCUCCUGGAUGUUUUGCAGAUUCUACCCAGCUACUCUGGAUAGUGGAUUUUACCUUUUUUUUUUUUUUUUUUUAAGGAGGCCUCUAGUGAUGCAGGAAUGUCACUGCAGGGGCCCCCUUUGUGAAUGCCCCCUCUGGCAUGCCCCAGAGACCAAGGUUCUCAUUUCGCAGGUGGUGGGACAGGACAGGGAUAGGACAGCUCAGGGAAGGAGCAUUGCUGGUGACAACUCCAUUCAUUGUGUGCUUUGCUGGAUGUUUUAAAGAUGGCCCGCACAAGAUAGUCACGUGGACUUCCAAUUGUUGGUUCUUAUUUAAGCAUAGGUUCAAAAAAAAAAAGCAUAGGUUCUUCAUUCAGGUCAGGAGGCCUGCUCUGUGUAUAUACUGGUGUGUAUUAUGUGGUAACUCUUUGAAGCCUAGUAUAACUUUCAUUCAUUGUGUUUGGGGCCAAUAGAACAACUUUUGUAUUAUAGCAAUACACUGGACUAGUGUCUUACAAAUGGCCGGUUUUCCCAGAGCCACCCAACAGCAGGCCACUAGUGACAGUUUCUGUUAUGUUCCUAUGGAAACACUCUACUGUACGUGCUAUGCUUAAGACAUUUAAAACGUGAUGUUUUAAAUGUGGAUAGAACUAUGUAAACCACAUAAUUUCUGUACAUCCCAAAGGAUGAGAAGUGUGACCUUCAAGAAAAUGGAAACUUGUGUAAAUUCUUGGUGAUUCUAUGUUUGUAAUUAAUGAGACUAUUUUCUUUAAAGUGUUUCUAUAUUAAAAUAGCAUACUGUGUAUGUUUUAUUCCAAGUUCCUUAAUGAAUCUUUCAUAUAUAUAUACAUAUGUACAUAUAUUUUAACAUUGUAAAGUAUGAGAAUUCUUAUUUAAAGUUUAUUUUUACAUUAUGCAAAUGG